UCGGUUCUGGUUCUGUGGACCCAACGGCAUACUGGACAAGCCUCCGUCUGCGUGUCGCUGCCAUUGUGUGCUGUUGUGAGUGUGUGUGUGUGUGUGUGUGUGUGUGUGUGUGUGUGUGUGUGUCACCACCAUGCCAAGGUCUUUCCUGGUGAAAAAGGUGAAAUUGGAUGAUUUCUCCACCGGGGCGGAUCUGGAGCACACCUACCGGCACCGGACAGACCUGAGCCUACGGCUGCAUGACAAAGCUGCUUACAUCAGUGACUACAUCAGCCCUGUUGUGUACGAUAAUGAGAGCGACGGUGGCAUCAAGGUGCCCUCUCCUGAUCCUCUCUACGACGGCAUCCAUAGUGACUAUGGAGCUCCUGACUCAGAGUCUCCAGACAGCCCCGGCUCAGAAAUCACAGAUGGUUACAUAAACGGUGAUGCCGCGGUGAGCGAGGGAUACACAGUCGAUGCGUUCUUCAUCACCGACGGCCGCUCGAGAAGGAAAGCCCUCGGCAGCCCCAGGAGCAUCCAGAGGCACACCUGCAACGAGUGCGGCAAAACCUACGCCACGUCUUCCAACCUGAGCCGGCACAAACAGACACAUCGCUCUCUGGACAGCAAGCUGGCAAAGAAAUGUCCGACCUGCGGGAAGGUGUACGUGUCCAUGCCCGCCAUGGCCAUGCACCUGCUCACGCACGACCUCAAGCACAAGUGCGACGUGUGCGGGAAAGCGUUCAGUCGACCGUGGCUCCUGCAGGGCCACAUGCGGUCCCACACGGGCGAGAAGCCGUUCGGGUGUGCCCACUGCGGCAAGGCCUUUGCAGACCGCUCGAACCUGCGCGCCCACAUGCAGACGCACUCGGCCUUCAAGCACUUCAAAUGCAAACGCUGCAACAAGACCUUCGCGCUCAAGAGUUAUCUGAACAAGCACUACGAGUCCGCCUGCUUCAAAGGCCCCUUCUCUCCCCUUGGCCCGCUAGAUGCAUGACAACCUCCCAAAAGAUCAAACUGCAGAGAUAAAUUACCAUUAUCCUUAAAGACUAACUGCAAACAGUUUAUUUUUGGUCAGAGUAUGACCUUGCUUUCCCUCCUCACCCUCUUCCUUUCCUCUUUCCAUCCCUUCCUCACCUCGCCUCUCCUGGGAGCCUUUUCACAACGAUGAAGAUAGCACAAUUUUUCUUCUUGAGAUUUUAUGACUUAAGGAUUUAACUGACCGACGCAUGCACUUCCUCCA